CCCCCGCCCCCGCCGCCGCCGCAGGCCGCCCGGGAGGUCAACACCGCCUCCCUCUGCCGCAUCGGCCAGGAGACCGUGCAGGACAUCGUCUUCCGCACCAUGGAGAUCUUCCAGCUCCUCAGGAACAUGCAGCUACCAAACGGAGUUACCUACCAUACUGGGACGUAUCAAGACCGACUAGGAAAACUGCAAGAUCAUCUCCGUCAACUCUCCAUCCUCUUCAGGAAACUGAGAUUAGUCUAUGACAAAUGCAACGAAAACUGUGCGGGAUUGGAUCCUGUUCCAAUUGAGCAACUUGUUCCAUACGUGGAAGAUGAUGGAUCCAAGAACGACGAUCGUGGGAGCACCAGCCAGCUCCGAUUUGCUAGUGAAGAGCGGAGGGAGAUUGCAGAAGUAAAUAAGAAACUCAAGCAGAAGAAUCAGCAGCUGAAGCAAAUUAUGGAUCAAUUAAGGACUCUCAUCUGGGACAUAAAUGCCAUGUUGGCGAUGAGGAACUAAACGGAUUUUUAAAAGUCAGUGCUUUCCCAACCGUCAUAACGUUUAUCAUUUUAUCCGGAGUUCUGAGUUUUGGUUCUUUUUUCUGCGAAGUAAUCUGUUUUGCCAUCAUCCCAACGGAAUAAAAAAUUGAUGGAACUUAACUAUCUAAACAUCUUCUAUCUGUAUAAAGUAUUCAUGUGACAUAUGCUAUCACUUGUAUUUUGAUUAGUGUGUCAGGAUUUCCCUAAAGUAAAAACCAAAUGGUGGCAAGGGUUUUUUUUUAAAAAAAAAAUCAAUAAAUUCUUUAUUGCUCAAAGAA